AUGACGGCAGCAAGUGGAUGUGGUCGCAGUUCUGGGUGGACAGGUUCAUGUACCAGGAGCACUGCUGCCAGAAACAAACAAAAGAACGAAUGAAAGCCUUUUUGGAGGGUAGAACCGUGGCUGGUGAAGACCAGAGCUGCUCAGAGGCCGCCCUGCGGAAGGGAGCACGCAGGAGUGUGCGCAUCCGCAGUGUGCACAGCAGCGUCACGGGUUCAUCAUGCCUAGUGGCAUAUAAAAAGACUCCACCUCCUGUCCCACCUCGGACCACAUCAAAGCCGUUCAUCUCUGUCACUGUGCAGAGCAGCACCGAGUCGGCGCAGGACACCUACCUGGACAGCCAGGACCACAAGAGCGAGGUCACCAGCCAGUCAGGACUCAGCAAUUCCUCGGACAGCUUGGACAGCACCAGGACACCCAGCGUGACAAGGGGCAGCGUCGUGACCCCGGCGAGAGAGACCGCAGAGUUACCCCAGAAAAAUGCAACUCUGAAAAGUGACAAAGGGACUCUGACUAGCGAAGAGCCUAAAGUGGAGAAUAUCCCCAAGAGAAAGCUGUCGUCUAUAGGAAUACAAGUUGACUGCCUUCAGCCAGUGGCAAAAGAGGAGCCUCCUCCGCCAGCCACCAAAUUCCAGUCCAUCGGGGUACAGGUAGAGGACGAGUGGCGAAACAGCCACUCUCGCAGCAUGUCCUCCAAACAGGACACAGACUCUGACACGCAGGAACCCAAUAACUCUAGCUGUAAAGCAUCUGAGAGAAGCCUCGCUGAGUGCCCCCAGCACAACUCUGUUGGUGUUGAUGCCGCGACCAGGCAACCAGCCAAGCCCUCGCAGAUCAAGAGAAACCUCUCCUAUGGAGAAAACAACGACCCAGCCCUGGAGCCUUCGUCUCUCCCUCCUCCUGACCCCUGGCUCGAGACGUCCUCCACCUCGCCAUCAGAACCCAUGCAGCCAGGAGCCUGCCGGCGGGACGGGUACUGGUUCCUGAAGCUGCUGCAGGCAGAGACAGAGCGGUUGGAAGGCUGGUGCCGCCAGAUGGACCAGGAGACCAAAGAGAACAGUCUCUCUGAAGAAGUCUUAGGAAAAGUCCUGAGUGCAGUGGGCAGUGCCCAGUUGCUGAUGUCGCAGAAGUUCCAGCAAUUCCACGGCCUCUGUGAACAAAACUUGAACCCUAAUGCCAAUCCCAGACCCACAGCCCAGGACCUAGCUGGGUUUUGGGAUCUCCUGCAGUUGUCCAUCGAAGACAUCAGCAUGAAGUUUGAUGAGCUGUACCACCUGAAAGCCAAUAGCUGGCAAUUGGCAGAGACACCGGAGAGAAAG